GGAUGGUGAUCGCCGAUUUUUCCUUCAAAAAAGUAGCGUGCAUUCCGCUAAAACAAUCAAAUCCUUGAUUUCAGGCAUUUGGCCCCUUUCCGCCGCCACACGCAUUGAAGGAUUGGCAGCCUCUUGGCACACGUCAUUCGUGCUCGCUUCCGCCGUCGUCGUCCGUGCGCACGCCCGCAUCAGCUCUCUGCAGCGAGUCCUGCGGGCAUAUCGUAUUGGCGGCAAACUCCUGGCCAGCUUGCCCGCUGAUUUCCAGCGACAUCGGAGUGUACCAGGGUGUCGGCGUAUACUGCCGACAGCGGGAUGCCGAGGAAGUGUGGGGAAUCAUCCAUGGCCUGCAGAAAUGGAAAUGGCGAGUCGGCCAUCUGGAAGUACGGCGCAGGAGCCACGGCUGAUCCGCUGUCGGUCAUACUGGGGAACUGCAUGGCCGGCUGGUCGUCUGCUAGGGGCUCCACGGCCGCCACAGCGUACCGUUCUGGAUGGCUGCACGCUUUCGGGCUGGGCAGACGGCAAUUCAUCGCUGUCUUCCUUCUCAGACGCCAGGAUCUCAUAGUCAUUGCCGUCGAUGAUAUCAACGCUAAGCGGCCGCCGGAACUUUUGGAUCCGGAGCAUGUUAAACGGCACUUUCAGAUCCUGCAGCUCCUCCAUGUCAUCAGGGCCAGGCAGCAUAGCGGAGGUCUCAGCGCGAAAGUACGCAAUCAGAUGCUGCUGAUGCAUGCGCGGCGGCCGGGGCAUAUGCUGGGCGAGAAACGCCUGCUCGUUGUCAGGGACAUUCAGCGAAAUGGUCUUCUUCAUGAGUCCGCGGAUCGUGGGGAAGAACACGCCCUUGUGGCUGCUGAAUGCGCUGCUGGAGGGCGCUCCCUGGCGGUCCCACUUGUCGAGCUCCACAGCAGCCUCCCUGUUUGGCUGCAGCUUGCGGUCCACCUCGCGGUACACGAGAAAGUUGCCCAUGAUGCGCGAUGGUGUCCAGAGUCGCCCGUCUGUCCAUCGCUUCAUCUUGGCUUCCUUCUCAUCGAACACCACAACAGUGCCGUCGUUGAUCUGCGCCUUUUCGAUUUCAGUGAGCCGACGAGUGAUGCGUGGCAGGAUGUUUCGCCGACAUGCUUCAAAGAUGGUCAGCGCGUCGCGUGUGCUGGCAACCUUCAGCCCGGUAACUGUGACACAAGAACCCUGCCCGCCGAUGACCACAUCGGGCAUGUUGCCAGGCAUGUCGGAGUUUGGGGGCCGAUGGUUUGAGAGAGGAAGGCAGCGGCAGCGGCGGCGUAUUUGCCAUUGUAUAUAAGGGUAGAUGCGGUUGAUGCUUGUGAAAAAGAUACGAUGUGAAAGAAAAGCGCUGGUGGCAUGGGUCUAGGCCAUAGCAACCAGCCUGGUGCUUAUAUAAAAGCGCAAGCCAUCAGAGCUUGCAGUUGAUCAUAGCAUACACCUGUGCAUGUGCUUUUCCCUGGACAUGUUGUC